UAAUUGUAUAUGAGCGCGAGCGGCGGGCUCACGGGUCUUUUUUAGCGCCAUCUGCUCGCGGCGCCGCCUCCUGCUCCUCCCGCCGCCGCCCUGAGUCACUGCCUGCGCAGCUCCGACCGCCUGGCUCCCCGUGCCAGCCACCGAUAUUUGGAGUUCUUACAACAUGGCAGACAUUGACAACAAAGAACAGUCUGAACUUGAUCAAGAUUUGGAUGAUGUUGAAGAAGUAGAAGAAGAAGAAACUGGUGAAGAAACAAAAAUCAAAGCGCGUCAGCUGACUGUUCAGAUGAUGCAAAAUCCUCAGAUUCUUGCAGCCCUUCAAGAAAGACUUGAUGGUCUGGUAGAAACACCAACAGGAUACAUUGAAAGGAGUUUUUGUAUAUUCAAGGAGGAGCUGAAAGAAAAAGCCAAGAUUGAAGAUGAGAAAAAGGAUGAAGAAAAAGAAGACCCCAAGGGAAUUCCUGAAUUCUGGUUGACUGUUUUUAAGAACGUUGACUUGCUCAGUGAUAUGGUUCAGGAACAUGAUGAACCUAUUUUGAAGCACUUGAAAGAUAUUAAAGUGAAGUUCUCAGAUGCUGGCCAGCCCAUGAGUUUUGUCUUAGAAUUUCACUUUGAACCCAAUGAAUAUUUCACAAAUGAAGUGUUGACAAAGACAUAUAGGAUGAGGUCAGAACCAGAUGAUUCUGAUCCCUUUUCUUUCGAUGGACCAGAAAUUAUGGGUUGUACAGGGUGCCAGAUAGAUUGGAAAAAAGGAAAGAAUGUCACUUUGAAAACCAUUAAGAAGAAACAGAAACACAAGGGACGUGGGACAGUUCGUACUGUGACCAAAACAGUUUCCAAUGACUCUUUCUUUAAUUUUUUUGCCCCUCCUGAAGUUCCUGAAAGUGGAGAUCUGGAUGAUGAUGCUGAAGCUAUCCUUGCUGCAGACUUUGAAAUUGGUCACUUUUUACGUGAGCGUAUAAUCCCAAGAUCAGUGUUAUACUUUACUGGAGAAGCUAUCGAAGAUGAUGAUGAUGAUUAUGAUGAAGAAGGUGAAGAAGCAGAUGAGGAAGGGGAAGAAGAAGGAGAUGAGGAAAAUGAUCCAGACUAUGACUCAAAGAAGGAUCAAAACCCAGCAGAGUGCAAGCAGCAGUGAAGCAGGAUGUAUGUGGCCUUGAGGAUAACCUGCACUGUAAUAGCCUAAACACAACUAUUAUUUACUUAGAGCCUUAUGUUUUUGUAUUUUCUUGUAGACUCAGUAAUUUUUUUUAAAGGAAAGGAACUGAUAAUUUUAAAGACCAAUUUGUUCUACUUAUCAUUUCAACUAGUUUUUCUGCCAGAUCUAUUGAUUGCACAAAUUCUUUCACGCAUGUUCAUUCAUCACUACAUGGUUUGGUUCUUCUGGAGUAAUUUUUAUCAUGUAACAAAGAUUUUAGAUUACAGCUAUGAAAAUGAACAGAACUGUUAAACUUUUUUUUUUUUUUUUUUUGCUUUGCUAGUUUUUUUCCUGAAGAACCAAAGUAUUUUUUUCAGCUGGUAGUUGAAUUGGGUUUACGUUUGCUUGCACUAGCUGUGCCUUUCAUUACUUUGUUGUAGAAAUGCAGUGACUUAGACUAAGACAAUUCCUCAUUUAAAAAACAAAAGCAAAACUUGUUGAGACAAAUAUAUGGUUAAGAAUUUCCAGUAAGACCACAACUGAUAACUUAGAUUAUUAAUGGAUUUUUGUAUUUUAGGUGACGUAGUUAGAAACCUAGUAAGGAAACCAUAGUAAAGAAACCUAACUCAUAGUGUGGUUAUUGGUUAUUGUAGGGAAGUGAAUAAAACCUAUUUUCAGAAGUUAAGCCUCAUUAUUUUAACAGUACUUUUAAAUUUAACUUCCAUUAACUAAGCAUCUUUUCUUUAUGGUAGGGUCUACCUUCUGCUUCCCUGGAAAGGAUGAAUUUACAUCAUUUGACAAGCCUAUUUCAAGUUUUUUUGUUAUUGUUUGUUUGCUUGUUUUUGUUUUUGCAGCCUAAAAUAAAAAUGUCAAAUAUAAUUUUAGUUCUCACAAGAUAAUGUCUUAAUUUUGUACUAAUUCAGGUAGUAGCAGAGGCCUAGCUUGAAUUAAGCAUUGUACCCAGUUGACCAUAUUAUGGAAGAGAAGUGUGUCAACUUUGGGAGAGGUACUACAUCUGCUCAUUAAGAAAGUAUAAAAAAGAAAGACAAAAUCUUAAAUGAUGUAAUGUUUUUUUAAAACACUAAAAGGUUAAAAUUUUAUUUCCUUUGAUUAGAGCUAGAGAGAAGGCCCCAAGCUUCUGUGGUUAAUUCCGAUUCUUACUGCUUUUAAAGUUUGAGUAUGUCAUUUACCCAUGCUUCUGUUUACUAUGUAUUAAAAUGGGUAGUACUGUUUACCUAACUACCUCACAGAUCUGUUAAGGCAUAUUAAGUUAGAUUUUAUGAAAUGUUUCUCGAUCUCAUUAAAAGCUCCAAAAUUUGGACCUGUUUGUACCACAAGUAUGAUAUUCAGCAUUUUAUUCACACCAGGGUUUGAUAAUUCAACUGGAAAACAAAGGUUUAAGUACCUCUUCUGGAUCUGGUCAGGCAACAUUCUUGCAGAUCUUUGUGUGGCUCCUAUCUUGAUAGAAGCUGUUAGAAGAGCAACUCUUUGAAAAGGUCCAAGGAUUGUUUUUAGGUAUUUUAGUUAUGACCAUAUUGUAGUAAAAUACUACAGAGAUCAUGGGACUAACAUAGGAAGACGACCAUUUUUAGUUGGGGGGAAAUGCCAUUAAAUUUGAGUCUGUAGAGCCACAUUUAAAAUACCUCAGGCUAAUUACUGUUAAUUUUUUGUGAUGAGCUUAAAAGCUUUGACAGUGAGGGUGGACUAAAUGGAUUAUAAUUAGAGGAUGUCCUAGAGUUCCUGCUCUUAAUAAAAUUACAUUGUUUUUAGAAGUGAUAGAGCUUCCUUUUUGAAAAUUUAGUAUUUAAAGAUCUUGGAAUGUGAACACAUCUUGUUAUUUGUGUAAUACUGUUCAUUCCUCUUCUGAGAUUUUAAUUAACUACUGGAAAUCCUUAACCAGUUGCAGUAGUGUGUAGGAAAAAAAUGCCAUGAAAACACCUUAUGUUUUUCCUCUUUAUUUUGAAAAUGCUUUUGGUUGCUUUGAUUAGACAUUCUUUGCUGAUUUUUGUUUUUGUACCCAUAGCUCAUUUGAUCACAGCCUUUUCUGAACUUAAAAAAAUUUAAUCUAAAGAUAGAAUCCCAUUUUUAAUGAACUUAAGUAGCAGAACCACUAUUUUUUUUUUUUUUCAUUCCUUUAGGUAAUAGCUAUUGCCAAAGUGAAGGGGCCGAUACUAUUUCAUCUUGUUAUAUAAAGGGAUGUGGUUUGUAGAGGAAUUGUUUUCUUAAUAAAUUUGGCAUUGCAAGGGGUAUCAGUGUUCAUCUAUGCCAUCUCUCCAGUUCCAAAAUGGUUCUAUUCCAUUUUAGAAAUUUGAAAUAUGUAAUUUGAAAUCCUUAAUAAAAUUUGCAUUUAAUUUUAUAAAAUGUACUGGUGAUAUUUUGGGUGUUUUUUUAAAAAUGUGAAUAUAUUUCUAUAUACUUUUUUUUUGAAGAGUAGAGAUGUUUAGAGUAGGCUAUUCUGUGCUUAAGCCAGGAUGGCCUGUAAAUUUGUAUAAUUUUAAAAGGAACCUCCCAAGCCCUGCUAAAUGGAGUUUGUUAUUGGAAGACUAGAAAGGUUUUUACUCUGAGUUAACUAUAGACAUUUUUGAGACACUUUGAAUUUUGUCUUUACAUUUUCAGUUUAUAGUUUCCCUUAACUCAGGCACAGAUUACCAAGAAGUUCUAUUUUUUCUCUCUUAGAAAUGGCAGAAUCUCCUAUAAUCACCCCUAUAUAAACUAAUACUUCGAAAAUUUUUUACUGUCAUUUUAUGGUCAUUCAAAAAUGGUAAGUAAACAGAACGAUAGUUUCAUAAAUCACAGUUUAUUUAGUUUAACACAGAUGUCUGAAAGUUUAUGUAAUUUUUCAGAAUUCUUUUAUCUAGUUCACUGAAGCAGUAUUAAUAUUUCUGUGACAUAAAAAUGUGUGGAACUGGCUUACAGAGUAAUAAGAAAAAUGGGAUUCUACCUCUGUUUCCUUUUUAGCUCAUAUAAUAAAAACAAACCUGAAAGGGAGACAUUAGCUUUGAUAGAAAUAUUUUCAUUAUAAUGUGAAUAGGUUAAUGAUACUGAUUGGUGUAUAAUAAGGCCCCUAAGAUAACUGAAUUAAUUGUUCAUAUUACUGCUGUUUGUAAGACAGUAUGAAUUUGUGGGUUUAUCUGAGUUGUACGCCAUUACCAUUAUUAAAAAUAAAAAUAAAACUUUAAAUUACUGUUUGUGAAAACCUUAUCGUACAAUGCAGAAAUACUAAACUAAUAUUCAGAUAUUCUUUGAAUGCUUGGUUUCAGGGCUUGGUUUAGAAUUUGAGUCCAUUAAGGGUUAGUCUUACAAAAAUUUUAGUCUUUAUAUUUUUUGACUAAGUCAAGCUGAAUGUUAUUUUAAAUGUACAGAAUAAAGGUAGUUUAGAAGUAUAUGUUCUUAAUAGGAACCUUAGGAAAGGGAAAUCCUAUGCUACUUUAGGUUUUGUUUUUUUUUUAAUUUUCUGCACUGUAUAUACUUGGUAAUUGUGACCUGGAUUUUGUUUUGAAAAUAUGUGUUCAUAAUUUAGGUAAUUUGCUACUUAAAGCACUAAGUCUAAUAGCUGAAAAGUAAAUGUAAAUGAUAAUGGUGAAAUUAACUUACAGAUGUGUAGUGGUGAUUUUGUAUACUGGUUUAAAAAUCCAGGUGUCAGAAUAUAACUUGGAUUCAAAAAACCAAGUUCUUAGGGAUCACUUAUGUGACUUCUGAGAAAUGGAAACAUCUUUGUUGGAGUAUGAGAUUACUUAAAGGAUGAGUAUUUAUCCAUGAGAAAUUUUUAAUUGAUGUAUUAAUUAUAUUUUCAAAAAAUACAA